AUGGCUCUGAAUGAUCGUCAAGGGAAUCAUGAUCGAACUGUCAGAGAUAAGAAAGCCGGAAUUUUAGAAUUGAAUAACAGUGAUGCUCUGCUGGCCCAAAAUAAGUUACUAACAUCGCUAGUGGAACUUUUGACACAACAAAUGUCUAAACUACCACAACAACUCAAGGAGCUGAAUGGUGUAUCUAAUUCUUAUCAAGUUGCGAAGUAUGAUACGGAGGAGAAAGCUGAAAAACAUGAUGGAGAAGAUGAAGAAUAUGAAAUUAUUGAUACUAAUGCUGAAGAAGAAAAUGUGAAUAAAGAAGUUAAAAAGAAAGAAAAGCUAAAAAGAAAUAGUAGUAGAGAAAAGAUGGCAAGCAACGUAAUACCAAGUCAACAUUUGCCAUACCCCCAUGCUCCAUCAAAGAAGGACAAUGCAAGGCAAUAUCCAAGUGCUAUAAUAUCACGCCUUCCUCAAAAGGCAAGAGAUCCUGGAAGAGUCUCAUUGCCGGUUACAAUUGGCAAUCAAAAUAUUGGGAAUGGAUUGAUCAAUUUAGGAUCAAGCAUCAAUUUAAUUCCUCUAUCAAUAGUGAAGCGGUUGGGAAAUAUUGAGAUGAAGUCAACAAGAAUGACUUUACAAUUAGCAGAUAAAUCAACCACUCUUCCUUGUGGAGUUGCACAAGACAUGUUAUUAAGAGUUCAAGAUGAAGAGGUAUGCUUUAAUCUCUUCGAUGCCAUGAAGCAACCAAAAGACAAGAAUGACUGUUUUCGCAUGGAUGUUUCUGAAGAGAGUGUAGUUGAAGUGGCAAACCAAAUUCAUCUAUCUAGCCCUUUGGAGAGAUCUCUUGUUGAAUCUUUUAAUUAUGUCUUUCUAGAUGAAGAGGGAAAUAAACCAGUUGUUAUCAGUUCUAAGUUGACUACAAAAGAAGAAGCAAGACUCAUUCAAAUUCUCCAAAAGAAUAAAGCUGCAAUUGGAUGGGUAUUGGCGGAUCUGAAAGGUAUAAGUCCUGCAUAUUGCAUGCACAAGAUCAUGUUAGAGGAAGAAUUCAAACCGGUGGCUCAACCGCAAAGAAGACUAAACCCAACAAUGAAAGAGGUAGUAAGGAAAGAGGUGAUCAAACUUCUAGAAGCAGGUAUGAUUUACCCAAUUUCUGAUAGUGCAUGGGUCAGUCCAGUACACGUUGUACCAAAGAAGGGAGGCAUGACAGUAAUCCAGAAUGACAAGAAUGAACUUAUACCAAUAAGAAUUGUAACCGGGUGGAGAAUGUGCAUCGAUUAUCGUAGACUCAACAAAGCUACGAGAAAAGAUCACUUCCCUCUACCAUUCAUGGAUCAAAUGCUUGAGAGGUUAUCGGGGCAGAAUUACUAUUGCUUCCUAGAUGGGAGGAUGCCAUUUGGAUUAUGUAAUGCUCCAGCUACUUUCCAACGUUGUAUGCAAGCCAUAUUCUCUGACCUCAUUGAAAAAAGUAUUGAAGUAUUCAUGGAUGACUUCUCAGUAUUUGGUAAAACUUUUGAUACACGCUUGAAUAAUUUGGAUGUGGCACUUGGAAGAUGUAUCGAAACCAAUUUGAUUUUGAAUUGA